GUGAAAGGUGCUGGCUGCGCCUCCGCGUCGGAAAGGACAGAAGACACACCUCAGACACACACACACACACACACACGCACAAGGGGGCGAGCGCAUCAGAUCACAAACCAGUUUUCUUCCCGCAUCAGAGAGAGAGAGACAGAGCCAGAGAACCGAUACACAGGCUUUAUUGUAUUGUGAUUUGUGUGGAACGACGACUGUAAGGUUGAAUACAGUGACUGUGUCGCAGUGUGAAUCCGAGGCGUUUACCAGCUGCUUCCUGUCCUGUCAGUGUGAGAGCGAAGUCCUGCUGCUGCUGCUGCUGCUGCUUGUAACCGACAGUAAAGCAGGACAGGAAGUGAAGAAGGACAGGAAGUGUGUGGUGUCAGAGACGCACACCAGACGUUGUCCAUUAACAAUGACAUCUCGCUGACGCCGUCAUCCCAGCCUUGUGUUGACAUGGCAACAGGAAGGAAAAGCUCCACGUCUAAAGGCGGAGGUGUUCAUUUCCCAGACGAGACGGAGGACGAUGUGCUCAGCGAGAGCGGCGACGACACGCAGCAUGACAAGAUCAUCACCGCCAUCGCUGAACCUGAUGGAACCUACCUGGUCAAGGCAGGAUUCCUGAAAAUCCUACAUAAAUACGAGAUCACCUUCUUGAUCCCGCAAGUCCCCACUUUAGGAAAAGACAGCAUGCUCUCUCCAGCGCUACGUGCCACGCCCAAACCGCGCCUUCGUGCCACCCACAUCGUACCCUGCCCUGAAGGAGGAGUGAAAGUAGUGUGUGAGUACAGCGCUCAGCAGGAAGGAGUGGUGCAGGAUGAGCUCACACUCAUCAACAGAAGCAGGAGAGACAGCAGCGUUAAAGUCAGAGUGCACGCCAGAGUGAUGGAUCGCCAUCACGGCACGCCCAUGCUGCUGGAGGGAGUGCGCUGUCUGGGAACUGAGGAGAUCUCGUCCAAAACCAACGACAAAAAGUAUAUCUGAACAGUCGCUGUGUCCUUACAGAUCUCAGCAGGUGGACGGUGAGGAGCAAAUGAGCGCAGAGAACAUAACUCGGAACACAAUCGACUCUUCAUCACGAUCCUGCAUGAACGUGAUCUUUCAGGGUUCCUAUAAAUACAAAUCUGAUUGUAAUUACUUCAAAAAGUAAAAAAAAAUUGAUGGUUGUCAGGAAAAUGUAGAGCGAGUGUUAUAUUUUGCAUUACCUGAUCCGUGCCUCUUAAAGCAGGGAGCAGGGAGUUAGUGAUGUGUGUUGGAAUGAUUCUACACACGGACAUGGUGACAUUCAUUUUGGGGUUCACUUCAAAGAUAAUUAAGUAAAGAGUGCAUGCAAACCUCACCAUAUAACACACUUACACACACGUCUCACAGUUAUAACAGUUAUAAAGCAAUACUUUCCACUUAUUCGUCAUGCGUUUCCAAUUGUUUUAAACCAUAACCAUUGCCAGCACAAACCCUGAUUAAUAAACAGAAAUGUUCCUUUAAGAAGGAGAAAACUAUCAAAACUACGAAGAGUGUUAAGUAUAUAUCAAGAAUAAAGCAUUUACAAUGAA